AUGAUGGCCUGCGCGCUUGCUGUUACCAUCGUUUAUCAGAAUACAACAAGACUCGGCAAUGCCUACGGGGUCUGUGUGGUUGGAGUUAGCUUCAUCACAACCUGGCUGGUCACGCUUGUCGCCGUUGUCGUUUGGAACGUCCAUUUCCUUAUUGUGAUUCCAAUAUCGCUCUUCAUUGGAUUGGCUGAUAUCCUAUUUCUUUCCGCCGCCCUGGCCAAGGUUCCAUCAGGAGGAUGGUUUACGCUUGUUUUAGCUACCGUGUUGACGACUACCCUCCUGGUAUGGAGUUAUGGAGAAGGGUCCAAGUGGGCCGCUCGGAAAGACGAGAGAAUAUCCCAGACAAUCAUAUAUCCUAACCAGGAUGGUCUACUGAUGUUACGCGAUGAAAGCGUAGAUCAGCAUGUUAAAACGAUUAAGGGAAUUGGGGUGUUUCUUAUUGACCAUGAUGCUGGCUCCCCUUCGGUGUUCAAACAUUUUGUUCACAAAUUCGAGUCGAUACAUGAGAUAUCCAUCCUCCUUCACGUUAAACGGAUCCCUAGAUAUACGGUGGCCGACGAUCGGCGAUUUACGUUAAGAGAAACAGGAAUCCGGGGGCUAUUCCAUGUUACUCUACAAUACGGCUACGGGGAUGUUGUCUCCUGGAGCUCCUUUGAAAGGGAUAUACUUGCUGAGUUGGGAUCUAUCGCCCCUCCCGCCGCCGACGACCAAGACGUCGUGUCUCCAACGACGGAUUUCUCCCCUGACACCGAGGAAUCCUCAAUGGUCCCACUUACCAAAAACUCUUCCGCCACGAAAUCCAUUACAUACAUAGUUGGAAAGGACAAACUGUACCUCCUUCCAACCUCUAAUCUGAUCCGACGUAUAUUUUUAUGGGCGUUUAUACAUUUAAAGAACCGGGAGAAGACAAAACUAGACCACUUGAAUGUUCCGGUCGAUAGGUUGCUGGAAAUUAAGUUCUCAAAGGGCAUUUAG